GUCCGCUGCGACAAUGUAACUCUGCUGUUAAUUACCUGUGUGCAGAGCCGCAGGCCUUUGCUAUAAAGCCGUUAUAAUAUCCAGAGGGUAGAAUUGCUUAUGCUCACGAUAUUGGUUCUACCGAGACAAUAAACAUCCCAAUCAUGAAACCCUUUAACGUCCUUUGCUUGUUCGCUGCUGGCCUAAUGGCUCAGGUUCAAGCCAACGAGUCCCCCAUCGAGGGAUAUACCGUUGAGGAGAUCUCAUGGGAAGUCGAGACGACUCCCGGAGGCCCAACCGUCGUUCUGAAUGGCACAGUCGAGAAGGUCCUAUCUCAACUGCGCGAGAUCAAUCCUAACUAUGAGGCCGAGUUCGCCACCGUUGUUCCUGAGAUUGACGAGCCCGCCAAGGAGUCUGCUGAGGAAGCAGGCGCUUCAUCGCACUUGGCCAAGCGUGGCGAUGUUGUUUGCGGCAAAUUUCCCAGUGCCUAUGCCAACAAUAUCGACCAAGGCAUUAAGUACUUGAGAAGUGUUCCUGGCCAGCCUCAAAGAGGACCCGGCCCCGGCAGCUGUGGUCAGGUCAGUUGUUCCUGGUCAUCAGCUAUUUGGUGGUGCAAUGAUAAUACCUUCACGAAAGUCCUGCCCAGCUUCAACAACAUUGCCGACGGCGCGCAGCUGAUUAAAAACACUUGUCUUCGUGGAGGUCAGACCUUCUCUGGUCAGGAUUUCCAUGACGACAAGUGGAACACCAUUGUUCGUUUCAGCUCAUGUUAACAGCGGGUUGCAGUAGGGAACUUGUGAGGUGGUGGGAUUUUUACGACUCUGUGCGAGCUUCAUGAG